UUCAUUUUUUUCAAAUUCUCUCUCAGAGUUUCAACACUCGAAACGUAGGAGAAGUAAACCCAGAACAGUUAGAUUCGAAAAGUCGUGUUUUUUCGUUCCCAGAUUCGGAAAUCCCUUGCGUGGAUCUAGGGUUCCUGUUCAGAGAUUUGCCUCUGCUUUGGCGUUCCUUUGAGGAUUUCUGAUCUAGGAACCUUAAAGAUCAAUGUCGCUUACUCCAGAGGUUACGAGAAAAAGUGCUCUCGGUGUGAGCCCUUCUCCUGCCCCAUUCUUCACCCCUCGCCCCGAGAGAAGACGUCUCGAUUCUAACCCUACUCGUCUCGACAAAGACAAAGAAAAAGAGGUCAAUGUCCAAGUUCUUCUAAGAUGCAGGCCGCUGAGUGAUGAGGAGCAGAAAUCAAAUGUCCCGAGAGUGAUAUCUUGCAAUGAACAGAAGAAGGAAGUGACUGUUCUUCACAGCGCGGCAAACAAGCAAGUUGACCGGUUUUUCACUUUUGACAAGGUUUUUGGCCCUAAGGCGCAACAACGAGCAAUUUAUGAUCAAGCUAUUGCACCGAUUGUCCAUGAAAUCCUGGAAGGUUUUAGUUGCACUGUGUUUGCAUAUGGGCAGACAGGAACCGGCAAGACUUACACGAUGGAGGGUGGGAUGAGGAAAAAGGGUGGGGAUUUGCCUGCGGAGGCUGGGGUGAUUCCAAGAGCAGUUCGACAUAUUUUCGAUACCCUUGAGGCCCAAAAUGCUGAUUACAGUAUGAAAGUAACGUUUUUGGAGCUUUACAAUGAAGAGAUUACAGAUUUGUUAGCUCCAGACGACAAUUCAAGACUUAUGGAGGAUAAACAGAAGAAACCCAUUUCUCUGAUGGAGGAUGGGAAGGGUUGUGUGGUAGUGAGGGGCCUCGAAGAAGAAGUUGUAUACAGUGCUAACGAUAUCUAUGCACUUUUGGAACGAGGGGCUGCAAAAAGGCGUACGGCUGAUACCUUGCUGAACAAGAGAAGCAGUCGCUCUCAUUCAGUAUUCACAAUCACUGUCCACAUAAAAGAAGAGGCAGUGGGAGAUGAAGAACUGAUUAAAUGUGGCAAGCUUAAUCUUGUGGAUCUUGCAGGAUCUGAGAAUAUUUUACGUUCGGGCUCUCGGGAUGGACGUGCAAGAGAAGCAGGAGAAAUAAACAAGAGCUUACUCACCUUAGGCCGUGUUAUAAAUGCACUCGUGGAACAUUCUCCACACGUUCCCUACAGGGAUAGUAAGCUGACGAGGCUUUUACGAGAUUCUCUUGGAGGAAAGACAAAAACUUGUAUCAUUGCCACGAUUUCUCCUUCUGCUCAUUCCCUGGAAGAAACUCUAAGCACCCUGGAUUAUGCUCAUCGUGCCAAGAACAUCAAGAACAAACCCGAGGCAAACCAGAAGUUCUCGAAGGCCGUGUUGCUUAAAGAUCUGUACUUGGAGAUUGAGAGAAUGAGAGAAGAUGUUAGAGCUGCAAGGGAUAGAAAUGGUGUUUACAUCCCACAAGAAAGAUUUGUUCAGGAAGAAGCUGAAAAGAAGGCAAGAAUCGAGAGGGUGGAACAACUGGAGAAUAAUCUAGACCUGAGUGAAAGAGAAUGUUCUAAGUUCCGUGACCUUUAUCUGUCUGAACAAGAGAAGUUACUGGACACAGAAAGUGAGCUUAAAGAUUGUAAGAGAAACCUUGAUAAUAGUAACAAGGAGUUGCUUGAUCUCGAAGAGAAUUACAAGGAACUUGUCUUAAAGUUGACUGAGAGGGAAGUCAUCAUCUCCAGAAUGAAAUCCUCUGAAAUCUCAUUGAUCGACCGGGCCAAAGGGUUAUGUUCUGAGCUACAACAUGCAUCAGACGAUAUAACUUCAUUGUUUGCCAGAUUAGACCAAAAGGACAAAAUGGAAUCAGAAAACCAGAACAAGCUUCUGAAGCUUGGUUCACAACUUGAUCAUAACCUGAAAGAUUUGCACAGAACUGUCCUUGGAUCAAUUUCUCAGCAACAGCAGCAAUUGACAAGCAUGGAAGAACAUACCCGUUCAUUUCUUGCCCGCAAAUAUGAUGCAACACGAGUUCUUGAAUCAAAAAUCAAGAAAACAACGGAUGCUUACACUUUUGGAGUAGCAGCCUUGAAGGAACUUGCUGAAACGCUACGAAAGAAAGCAUCCUCUAACAUGGAGAAGAUAAACUCCAUUGUUGUUUCUCAAACAGAGGUUGUGGAGGAAUUUCUGAUUGCAUCGGCCAUGGAAGCUGCUAAAGUCACCCAAGACAUUUGGAACUCUCUUAAUGAGCAGAAGGAGCUCUUAGCUCUUGCUGCAAAACAACAAGAGCAGGGAUUAUUGCAAAGCAUGCGAUCUGCACAAGAAAUUUCCAGCGUAACCUCAGCCUUUUUGAAUAACAUCUAUGACCAAGCUCACGAGGUUAUGGAGAUUUCCAAAGCAAGCCAUGCAGAAAAGUCAAGAAAGCUUUCUGAUUUCGAGAUGAUGUUUAGGGAAGAGGCUGAAAGAGAGGAGAAACAAGCAUUAGAAGAUAUCUCCAUGAUAUUAUCAAAGCUAACCUCAAAGAAAACUGCAAUGGUUUCUGAAGCAUCACGGAAUAUCCAAGAACACGAGAUUCAAGAGAAAAAGAGAUUGCUGGAACAGAUGUCUGAAAUGCAGAAAGUGUCGGUUCAUGCCAAUAAGGACUUGUCUGACUAUGUUAUGAAAGCCGGAAAUCAUUUCAUGGAGAAUAUGGUAUCAUCUGCUGAAUCAAGGACAGUCAUGGAGAAUUACAUCCAAGAAUGCAUGGGAAGAGUUGAUGAGUCUGAAGAGUUAUUGAAGAAUACUCAUACAGGAAUACAGAAUCUUAAUGCAAAGGGGCUGCAAGAACUUAAAGGCACAACAGAGGAUGCAAUUGAAGCAGAUAAGAGCCUGCACGACGAAUUUUCAUCCGGAUUUUCUUCAAUGGACACUUACUUAGUUGCUAGAACCGAUGAACUUCAGAAAACUGUAAAGGAAUCUCUUAUGGAAGACUGCGAGAACAAGGAGAUAAGCGACACCAUGACAGAAACUUGCAUGAAACAGAUUGUGUCGUUGCAAGAGAAUCACGGAGAAGGCAUAUCAAAUAUCAGAAACAUAGCAGAACAGUCUCUCAUCAAAGACUAUCUGGUUGAUCAAAACAAGAAGGAAACACCGAAGAGACGGGUAAUAACUGUUCCGAGCUUGGCAUCGAUUGAGGAUAUGAGAAGUUCAUUUUCGAAGAAUCUUAACGAAGAUUACAACGUUUCUGAGAAGAUUUCCACGAAAAUGGGUCAAGAAGGAGGAGCCAACAGAACUCCAUUCUUGGAAGUUAACUGAGUUUUGACCUAAGAAUUCAGACAAAAGCUUCAAGCUUUUUUGUCUCAAGGUAAUCAUAGUAUAACAUUUUAGCUCAUUAACUAAUGAGUCUGAACUCUGAGGAAGAAAGUAGGAAGAAAAUGCUCCCUUCUGUAGAAAUCUGAGAUAAAUGAAGAGGUGUUGUCAUGGAUUACGUAUGGUUAGAAGUAGGAUCGGUUUUGGGAGCUAUGAUUGGUUGACCAAACCGAUUGAACCGGUUUAAACCGGUUCACAAAUAGCAGCCUAUGUUGUUGACCGUUUGUACUUUGUACCACCGGUUUAGUGGAAGAAACAGACAGAUUUUCCCA